UCACUUCAGUCGUUGUUUUUGCAUCAUCCAUUCUUCCUUCACAUAGCACUAAUUAAUUAAAAUGGGUUCUUUAUUCAUUUUCCUACAUAUCCUAUUAUUUACACUUUGCACUCUUGUAAAACCCAAAUCAAGUCCAUGCAGAACUUCUUGUGGUGACAUACAAAUCAAGUACCCUUUUGGCAUAGAUGAUGGUUGUGGCAGCCCGUAUUAUGGGAACAUCCUGGUAUGCUCCGAAUCCGACAUCCUUGAACUCCGUACACCGUCAGGAAGAUAUCCGGUUCGUGGGAUCGACUACUCGGAUCCACAUAUCCUCGUUACGGAUCCAUACAUGUGGAAUUGCCAAGACGGGACACAUUUUAGAGCCCCACGUCCAUUUAGCCUUGACACAAGUAUCCAUUUCUCACUAUCUACACAAAAUGACUACCUUUUUUUCAAUUGUAGUGAAUCACAUGUGAUUGUCAAGCCUAAACCGGCAUUUUGUGAACGAUUCCCAGAACGAUGCGACUCCACUUGUGAUAGUGCUAGCUAUUUGUGUAGGCACUUGCCCGAAUGCGCACACGCGUUAGGUGCAAGUACUUCAUGUUGCUCUUAUUACCCAAAAGCGACCGAGUCGCUAAGGUUAAUGUUGAAAUAUUGUGAGACUUACACUAGUGUAUAUUGGAAGAAUUUGGGGGAGUCACAAACUUAUAAUACCGCCCCGGAGUAUGGCAUCCGGAUUAACUUUGAUAUUCCUGUUACAACCCGAUGUUUGCAAUGUCAAGAUGGGAGUAAGGGCGGUGGUACGUGUGGAUUUGAUGUCCAAACGCAUGGAUUUUCAUGCUUAUGUGAGAAGGGAAAUGUCACAACUUAUUGCAAAGAUCAUUCUCAACUCCGGAAGAGUUCUCAUCUAGUUGCGGGGACUGCGACAGCGGUUUCUGUAGCCGGAGCCAUUGGAAUAGGGGCAGGCGUAUGGUACUUUAGAAAAGUUAAAGCUCAACCACCGGUCACACAUGGAGUCCAAAGCAAUGAGAAUAGGCUUUUUUGAUUCCUUACGUACUACUACAUUUGUUACUUUAUAUAUAACUUUUAUCAUUAUUAUUACGAGUAUAUGAUAUGGUUGUGUGUUACUAAUUUC